CAAAGCUUUGCAAACUGCCUGACUUUUCUCUUUUUUUUGUCAACUUUAAUGUAAUUCAAAACCAAAGAACCAUCCCUGAAAUGAUGCAGCAACAAAAGCCCUGAUGAAAUCCAUUUCACAAAACUGCAGCCACGCUGGAAACUCUCCAGAGACUCUAUGCACACGGAUGGGGUUUAAUAAUUUAUUCAGCACAGGUUAUAUCUAUAGAUAUUCCUUUCAUAUCUUCUUUCUCACGCUCAAGUCAGUCGCAUUAUAGUUUCCAGUGUUCUUUAUACCCUGCAGACUCAUCUGGGCAGCGUUUACAUCUUGUUCUGGCAUAGUUUUAGACCUAACAGACAAACUAUUGGUUGACUCUGGCACGUGUUAAGCUCAGAUCCGACUGAAGUAUUUGGCUCAUUUGUUCUUGACAGGCUCAUAUCAGGAGGCAGGGCUGCAAGAAUCACUCCAGAAUGAGUGAAGCUGUGGUUAGCGGGGUGAGACGGUUGAGCACCAUCUCGGAGCAGGACGUGGACGCUGAAGCGGAGCCCGUGUUCUCAGGGGACAGCGAGUGGGCAGGAUCCAGUGCUUCGCUCUGCUCGCGUGGAAAACCCAGUGUCCAGAGCAGCACCUUCACCUCCUUUGAGUCCUAUCAGCCUGAUGCUGCAGAUGACUGCGCCUCCAUCCUGCUGGCUUGCCUCUACUGCCGCUUCUGUGACGCCAUGGCCAUGCUUCCUGACGCUUGUGAGCGAGCGUUUGGCCGCUGCUUCCCCUCUUACAAGUAUUACAACACCUCGGAUGAGCCGUCCAAAGGAAAAGACUGGUGCAGCUGCAACGUGAAUUUUGACUGUGGUUGCAUGAACUCCUGUCAGGAGGCCAGCGAGCUGAUAGAGCUGGCGAUGGAGAUAUCUGAGGUCUGUUACCGCUGAGAGCCUCGCCACUGUCUGGAGAUCAGAGCAAAUCAUCCAGGAAGGAGAUUCUCCAUCAGUGCUUGAUUCCUGACUCCAUAUGGGGUGCGUUUCUAAAUGACUACAGUUAUUCAUUGUCACUAAAGACAUUUGUGAUUUCAUGCAGGAGAAACCAGGGUACAUGUCACUUGUUUUAGGCAACAAAAUAAAGCAUGCAACUUUAUUUUCAGGACGAGAUCAUCAUUUCAAGGAAAGUACAUGGUGAAUAUAUUUGCAAUAGAAUUUAUUUUGCAUCCAAAGUUGAAUUUUCAUACUAAUUACGGCUUCAUUGAUGCUCUCAUAUUCUCUGAUGUGACAACUGAACCAAAAUGUGAAUGUCUGACCUAUCUGUUGUGUAAAGCAUGAAAAAUGGUCAGUGUGGGUAAGAUGAGCCACGG